AAAAAAAUUGAAAAAAUUAUUGAUUUUUAGAUUUUUUUGGAGGUUUCCCAGAUUUACGGGGAACGAGAGAAAUUUUUUCAAUCUUUGAGGAUAAUGUCUUCGACUAGAUACGAUUUGUGAUCUUUUGACGUAUCAUUGAAAGAAAUCGGUUCGGUGAGAGCUGAGAAAAGUGGUAACAGACACAAAAAAAACACAUCAUAGUAAAAUUAGUACCUUCUCAGCUUCGCAUCGAAGCCAAAAUAAAAUAAAUUUUAUCAAACGAAAUAAUAUUACUUACCUGUGUAAUACAACCAUUAUAAAUUAGAGCCAGACCUAGGCCAUAUCUAAAUCAUUAUUCAAACAGUCCAACAGACUGCAGUCGAAGAACGCGAAUUUUAAAGCGCAGAAAACGGAAAAUUCUUCCAGAUGACUCAUAUUUUGAGGGGUUUACGAAAUAGGAUAUAGAGGGAGUUAGAGAGAGACAAAUAAUUUUUCAUUUAUAGAUUGAUCAAGAGAAACUCAAAAACUAUAAACGAUAGCCCACUGAAAUGUGUUAUAAAAAUUAUGAACAGUCUAAUCGAAAAAGAAAAUUCAUUAAAAUGUAUGGUUGUAGUGAUGUCUAAAGCUGUAUCCGCAUCUCGUUCUAGUCCUACAUUUGCAAAAUACAAACGCCGUGUAAGACGACGAAAUCCACUUGAAGAUCAUGAUCCUAAUUCACAGGACAGUGGUUCUCUUACUGCUCAUGCAGAUGAUUCUAGAUCAGUGUCGACAUUAUCUGAUAUGCGAUCUGAGAGCAAUACAUCAUAUACAGCUGUUUCAGAUGAUGAAUUCUUAGACAUUGCUGUAUCCCCAACAAGAUCGUCUCCAGAUUCACUUCUACUUGGAUUCAGUACAUUAAUAGAAGGAGAUACUAUUAGCCAGACAUCAAUUAUUCUUAAAAGAAAAAUUACAAAAUAUUCUUCAGAUACUCCUCGCAAGACUGAUUUAUUAUUUGGUGAUAUUAAAAAUAAUGAAGCAGUUGUGAGAAAAAGAAAGUUGACACGUGAUUUAGAAUCAAAUCCUGAAACUAAUGUAUUAUUAAAGAAAUCUAGACCUAGUACAAGUCUUUCUAUGUCAUUUGAUUCUCCAUGACUUGA